AUGCGUUUCACCGUCUUCAUCCCCCGCCACACCACCGCCUUUCCUCCUCCUCCCCACCGUCAACACCUCCGAACCCUCUUCGAUGGGGAUUUCACCCUAGUCCGAGACCGCGGCCUUGACCACGCCGUCGAACGAGAGAAGAAUCUCAAACCGUUGCUAAAUCUCCGAAACCUAAUCAAACACGAGCCUUCAAAGUCUCUUCCCGUUUCGUUAAUCAGAGAAUCCAUCCAGCUUCCUUUCCGUCCCAUAGAUUUCGUCCGGAAGUACCCUUCCGUAUUCGCAGAGUUCAACCUCGGUGGUGGAUUUGAACCUCAUGUUAGACUCACUCCCGAAGCCGUAGAACUCGACGCUGAGGAAGGGUUUAUGUAUAACAGCCAAAUGUUUAAGCAACAAGUUGCUGAUAGGCUUUUGAAGCUUUUGAUGAUCUCAAAGAUACAUAAGAUUCCAUUGAGAGUCAUUGAAGGUUUGAGGUGGGACCUUGGGCUUCCUCAGGAUUACGCCAAAUCCAUGAUUCCUGAAUUUCCGGAUUACUUUCGGGUAAUUGGAACGGGUGGGGAUGCUGUUUUGGAGCUGGUUUGUUGGAGCAAGGAACUUGCUGUUUCUGUGUUGGAGAAAAAAAUGGCUAGUAAAGGGAAAAUAUUGGCUUUUCCGAUGCAGUUUUCGACUGGUUUUAAGAUGGAUAACAAGUAUGAGAAAUGGUUAAGAGAAUGGAAUAAAUUGCCUUAUGUGUCGCCGUAUGAAAAUGCUGGUCAUUUUCCGGCUUCCAGUGAUGAAUCUGAUAGAUGGGUUGUUGGUGUUUUGCAUGAGAUUCUUCACCUAUUGGUUUCUAAGAAAACUGAUAAAGAUAAUGUAUUGGUGCUCGGUGAGUGGUUGGGUUUAGCGUCGAGAUUUAAGAGAGCUGUUUUGCAGCAUCCGGGGAUAUUUUAUUUGUCUUCUAAGAAUAGAACCUACACUGUUGUUCUUAGGGAGGGUUACAAGAGGGGUUUGCUCGUUGAAGAUAAUCAGGCCAUGGAGUUUAGGAGAAAGUAUAUUCACCUCAUGAACACUGUUAAGGAAGAUAGCAAAAAACAAAAGGAUGUGAAAGGAAAAAGCAGCGCAAAAGAGGGUAAUGUCAAAGACUGUGAAGGAAAGGAAGGUGAGGAAAAGCGUGGCAGUGAUGAGAAUUGUGAGGAGGAGCAAGAAGAAGAAGGGAGUUCCGAGUUGUCUGAUUCUGAAGCUGAGGAUGCUAGUGAAACUGUCGUUGAUGAUGACGAAGAGGAGUCUUCGAGGGGUAAUCGUAGAUCUUCUGCCAACAGAAGGGGACGAAAUUUUGUGGAAAUGAAGUUAGGUGAUAAGAAACCUUCGAGAGAUUCUGUUAGAGAGAGACCGGGUGGGAAGAUUUCACGAAAAACCUGGGAGAAAAAUCCAUCAAAAGGUUCUAAAAGAAUACAAACACGAGGUGAAUAUAAAGAUGUUAGGAGUUCACCGCAACGAUCAAGACUGUCUAAAAGCAGAGAAAGGUCAUUUACGAAGAAUACUGUUUAG